UUUUUUCUCAGUGAAUAAGCGGGUAAUGCGCUGAAUAAACGUGUCAAUCAGUUUGUAAUACUACUUCACAACGCCGUUUUGCAGAUUAUAAUGUCAAUAGAAUCACAACGGAUGUCCCAGCAGUUCAUAACACUCACAAUUCGCAGAUGAUUUUCUAUCGAGCUCAACUUCUGAUGCCACUUGUUGUGCUCUCGUCUGUAACGUAAUUCUAUCAGUGUCCGUGUAGGCGUGGAGAGAAGCACACAACAAAGAUAAUCCGUUGAAGGAACUUUACUUAGUAAAGUAUAGAUUUAAAACAGUGGGGUUAUGCUCUUGCCCAAUAGAGAUGGGUUUACUACAACCAUCUGCACCAGAACCUGCGAGCAUACUAACAUAACAAUCAGUAAAACUAGUCCCUGUGCAAUGACGUAACAGCAUCUAAUUGGACAAUACAGAACUCAUUAUAACAUAUAAAAUAACUGUAACUAAACUUAUAUUUAAUUAACUAACACUAUAACAAUACACUACAGUUCGGAAGUUUGUGGUCAGUACCAUGUUUUACAAAUAAAUUAAUGCUGCAUUCAUUUGGGAUGGUGCAUUAAAUUUAAAAAAAUGUUAUAAAUUAUUUCUGUUUCAAAUAAAUGCUUUCCAGCUAUCCAUGUAGCUAUCCAUGUGUUGAUUGGCUGAAAACCUCAAGCAUGUUAGAGAAAUGUUACGCCCCUCACCAUACUGUGAUGCCGUCUCCCGGCACGACCAGACAAAACCAUUAAAACCCAUUACAAACGAGGCAUUUGUUGCAUCCAAUAGUGACAUAAUUACUGAUUAUAUUGACUUAUAUUGUGUUUUUACGUGUUGUGUUGCGCCUUGUAAACAUAAAACCAUGUUAGCAUUUCAGAUCAAAUGACAAACAAGUGCUACUCUACACUGCUCAAAGCUCACGUUUGAAUCCAUCAGUGGAAAAUUAUUUAAAUAUGAAAACAUACUUUCAGGUUGUGAGUCAGAACAUUGUAGGUUCAGGAAACAGUCCUCCGAUAAAUGCAUUGCACAAACACAAAUAUUUGGGUUGAACUGUUGUAGAACAUUGUUGUAAAUAAAACUUAACCACUGAUAUCUAGUUGAACAACUCUUUUGGAAGGUCAAACAAAGUAGUUUUGCUUUAACAACGAAACACUCUACGUGUCUCUACAACAGGGAUCUCCAAACGGCUCCCGGAGAGCUACCUUCCUGCAGAAUUCAGUUCCAACCCUGCUCCAACACACCUGUCUGUAAUUACUUUAUUAUUGUGAACAAUUGGGCGGUGACGGCCUUAUGCAAAUCUUCCCACACAGUAACAUAGACAUUUUGGGGGUGUGUUUAAUUGAGGUGUUUUAGGAAAGCGUGGACAAAUCUUACAUUUUAUAAAGAAUAUCUCUUUGGAUUUGACAUUUUAUUAUUUGCAACUUCAGAGAUCUUCUCUAUUUAGAAACAACUUUCAACACUCCAAAGAGAAAAAAGAAAAACUUUAAAUUGCAUCAUAUGACCCUUUUAAUCAAAGAAUCUGAUUUUUUUUAAAUCUUGGUUUCUACAAAAAUAUUAAGCAGCCAGCACAGCUGUUUUCAAAAUGUAUAAUACUUAAAUGUAUUAUGUGACCCUGAAGAUUAAUGUUCACUGAAAAUUCAGCUUUGCCAUCACAGGAAAGAUUGAUUUAGAAAAUUGAAAUUGCAAUAAUAUUUCACAAUAUUACUGUUUUUUUUUUUAUCAAUUAAGUACAGCAUAAGAGACUAAUUUGGUGUGAACAGGAGACUCCUCUUUAAUAAAUCUUGCCAACCCCAAACUUUUGGACGGUAAUAUAAAUCAUCCAAUACAAUCAUACCCAGUACAGGUCACCAAUAUUGCAUUUUAAAAAUGUCAAAAAAACAUCGGGGGAUAAAUGCACAUUCUAUGAGCCAGAUACACCAUUAAGGAAGUAAUAAAGAACAUGAAGGAUAAUACAGUGUCCCAUGCGGUCACUAGGGGAAUAAGCUUGCUCUCAGUCUGUGUCUCAUCACCACAAUGAAAUAACAUGAGCUAAAUAAAUGGGACUUGAAAUUAGGAGUAAGCUGGGAGUAACUAUUGAUGUUUCUUGCAUAUCAGGCCUAGCUAGUGAGCUGAAGACAAAAGAAGAACUCAUCACACUGUUAAGCAUGGUGAUCUUUACCAGCACAUCACAACAUGCUGCCACCAAUAAUGGACAGUUUGAUUGGUGUGCAUGGGUACCCAACACACCCUGCACCAUGCGGCGCCCUCCACCAACAGAUAAGGAUGCUGUCACCAUGGACAUGAUCAUGGACACACUCCCUGAUAUCAGCCAGUCCUGUAUGCAAAUGGCCAUCACGUGGCAUUUGGGCAGAGCACAGCCAGAUGCGAUUCCAUUGGGCCAGUAUGUGGAACAGUACUUUACCGAGCCUGCUGCUUUGAAAGUGAUUGAUCAGUUCAGAAAGGAGCUGAAAGAACUGGAGGAGCAUAUAAUAGCUCAGAAUGAGGGACAAGAACUGCCGUACCUUUAUCUGAGUCCAAGCUGCAUAGAAAACAGCAUCACCAUUUAGUGAAAACUCUCAUUCUAAAUUAGAGUAUGUGUCUGUGGAAAUUUUUGUGAGUAGCUAAAUCUUAAAAUUAGCACACAUACAAAUAACACCCAAAGUACUUUUCUGAGCUAUAGCUGAGGCUGAUAACUUUCUCCUGAAUGGCAUCCGUGACAGCAGAAAUACUGUGACAUAAUUACAUAAUUCAUUUAGUCUGAAACUUUUUUUUUUUUUUAAAGAAUCAGGGCAUUAAGAUUUUUUACAUUCAAGUUUGUUAACAGUAUUUAUUUUUACUUUUAAAAUUGUUAAAAAUAUAUAUUUUUAAAAUAAUAUAUAUUUUUAAACUUUAUUUCAUAAGGCACUGUUUGGAUGGUGCUGAACUGGUUUCUGUGGAUUUUUACUAACCACUAUAUUCUUUAAUUAGUGUGGUAAGCUUCAUUAAAUGGACUUCAUAUAUACUACAUUUAAAGUCUGUUUAAUUUUUUCAUAUAGUUUUUUUUAAAAAAAUACUAUUUAAAAGCUUCAGUGGUUAAAGUUUUGAAAGUCUCCAAUUGUACAUCUAAAAGAUGGUCUCUAAUUUUAGAACCAUGUUAGCUGAGAGACAAGGUCUAUACUGAUCAAUUCCUAUGUUGACAAAUUGCACAGGCAGUUUUAUUUUCAGUCAUUUAUUGUGAAAACAGAACAAAUGUGACCAUGUGAAAUUCCAUGUACUUCUGUAGUCUGUAUAUUCUAUAGAUGUUAAGUAUAAAUAAAAUCACAAUUAAAACAUU